CUUCCCGAGUGCCCCUAAUGGGAUGAGGAGACGGGUUAGGGUUGGUGACCAUCGUCCUAGACUUCAGUUGAACAACAACACAUCAAAGCACCACCUCCGACAAGCACUACGCUGUUUACUCGUCAGGACUAGAAGCGUCUCUGACCCUUUCCGCAGCUUGUGACCUGCCUCUAUUCCGUUUAUCAUGUCGAGAACACUGGACAAAGCCACCAUCGCUGCCUUGAAGGCCGGCAACCCUCAAGCAGCCUACGAUUCCAUAUCUUCAAUCCUGAAUACACCGCCACCUUAUGGUCGCCUUGAGAUUGAGAUUCUCGGCAAGGAGUUUUCGCUGCCGGAAGGAGCAUAUAUGCUUCGAGAUGGAAUUUCAGUGGGAGUGUCGAAGCUUGGGCUGGUUCAAGCGUUUCUUAUUGCCCGGAAGAUACUCCAAGAUCACAUCGAUGGCAGUUCUUUGUCACCGCAGACCGACGACAAUUUGUUCGCCGCGACGGCGGUCAUCCUUCUUAUGGAUCCCGAGUUCCUCACGGCUGCGAACACGCGGAAGCGACUUAUCCAAAAGCAAUUAGCCGGUACCCAAAACGCCUGGACCGUGCUGACGAAAGAAAAGAUGUUCCUCAACAGCCUGCUUACUAGUCGAUUGCACCGCCAUACCAAGUCGCCCACUCUCUGGAACCACCGUCGGUGGCUAGUAGGCCUAUACAGUUCGCUGGGCUUCAUGGUAGAAGUCCUUGGAGAUAUCAAAAAUGUCGUGUUUCUGGCCGGAGAACGACAUCCUCACAACUACUACGCAUGGUGUCACGCUCGAUAUCUUGCUGGUUUUUUAGGGAAGGAGGAGAGUGAUUAUAAUACCCAUAAGAACCUCCUAGCGGCCGUUAAGACAUGGUGCUUCGACCACCACAAUGACAUUUCUGGUUGGUGCUUUCUCUACCACCUACUGGAUAACUACGACUGCUCUCGACAGGACACCAGUAUCUCGUCGACAUUUUCGGAUGUUCUCGAUUAUGCUACAUCUUGUCGUAUCACGAACGAGUCUGUCUGGGUGUUCCUGAGGACGCUGGCGGCAUCGGGACUCGUUGGCGAGAAGGAGCUUGAUCAGUUCACUACUUUAGGGGCGCAGUUCUCUCAGUCAUCUUUUGAGAGAUCAACCAACCAAAGUGUGGUGCGUUCGGCAUUGGACUGGUACGAGACUUACCGGCGCAGAAGAGACUUGUAGUCGGACCUGCUUCAAAGUUCGAAUACACGUCGUUUCAGAGAGAAACAUGUUCAAAACGCCACAGGCUUUUGAAGACAUCUAUCUGCAUUGGUGCGUCUUUGCGGCCGUGUGCUGUAUAGCUAGCCCAGCGCCAUUCAGCACAUCCAGGAUCCGGCAGCAGAGAAAUGGCUUACCACUACUAAGACAUGGAACCUCGAAAUGGCAGUGCAAUGCCCAUCACUGGCCAUCUCCGAGUAAAAGGCGGCUUGGUUCCCGUCAAUAUAUAGCCGGGGGGGGGUCUUCGGUGACAGCAGAAACAGAAAGGUUAUGGCCGUACGGGCCCGAGCACAUAGGUCGGUCGAGUAGGUAUGGCCAUCACCUACAUACGACCAACCAUGAUCCAUCUACCUACCUAGUGUAUAGCAUCAACAGUUAAUCAGUUAUGGCAAAAAAAGAAACCCGAACCCAUGUCGUCUGCCCUGCAGAUUAUGAAAUUGAUC